GACUCCAGAGGCUGCUGAAGUGUGCGACUUGUGGGGAGGCCACGCACCCAAUGAUAGACUCACAAUCCAAACAUACCUUUUUUUGGUUCUCUUCUCUUAUCUUCUCAUAUCUUCCUCUCAGUCAUUCCUAGUAGGUUCCUAGUACGACUAUUGUUCACACUCACAUUUUCUGCAAACAAGAAGAUGGCCCUGCAACUGCAGGCACCCUCUACCAGAACCCAUCUAGCUUCACCAUCCCCAUUAGCUCCGAGAGGCAAUGCCGUCCUACGGCAACCUUUGGAUCGGUUUUCUUUAAGAUCCUCAUUCUUCUCUUCAUCAGUUAGUCUGUUGCUUCCUCCUCAGCAGAAGCCCCUUGCCAAAACUGCACCAAAGUUUUCCAUGAGAGUUGCCUCCAAGGAAGCCUAUAUUUGUCGUGAUUGCGGGUAUAUAUACAAUGAGAGAACUCCUUUUGCAAAGUUACCUGACAAGUACUACUGCCCUGUUUGUGGUGCUCCCAAGAGGAGGUUUAGGGUAUACCAGCCUCCUGUGACCAAAGAUGCCAACAGCAAAGAUGUUCGAAAGCAACGAAAAGCACAGUUGCAGAGAGACGAAGCGAUUGGAAAGGCUCUACCUAUUGCUAUUGCAGUUGGAGCUGUGGCACUUGCUGGAUUAUACUUCUACUUGAACAGCAGCAUUCAGGGAUAGAUAAUACCAUAGUUGCAGCUAUGUAUCUCAAUUGUCAAAUGGAUUGGACACAAUGUUUUGUAUAAUUUCAUCGAACUGGUAGACCAUUUUUUUUAGUUCAGUUUAGUUCUUUUCACA